GCUGCCCCUCGACAGCAGCCUCGCGCCCCACGAAUCGCCCGAGCCCGACUCAGAGUCCUACGAUGCGCUGGACGAGGUGCUGAGCCUGUUCCGCGCGAAUACGUUUUUCCGGAACUUCGAGAUCCAGGGGCCUGCGGACCGGUUGCUGAUUUAUGGGAUUCUGUGGGUGAGUGAGUGUUUGGGGAAGGUGAAGCCUAGUUAUUCUGCAAGGGAAGCACAGAAAGAAGUGCAGAACAUUGCGCUUGAUACAAAUUUCUCGAUUCCCGGCGAACCGGGAUUUCCGCUGAAUCAGAUGUUUGCAGGGCCGGAGAAUCGGCAGGAGGCUGAGACGCUGAGGCAGUAUCUAGGGCAGGUUAGACAGGAGUUGGCGCAGAGGCUGUUGGCGAGGAUGUAUGAGGGGGGUGCGGAAAGGCCGAGUAAGUGGUGGUUGAGUUUCGCGAAGAGGCGGUUUAUGGGAAAGCAGUUGUGA